AUGUACAAGCCGGCUGCUGUCGUGCCAUCCGUGGACAAUGAUGUGGAUGAAGAACUGGAUUCGUUCGAGAACGAUCCAUUUGAAAAGAAGGAAUUCGUGUACAAGGAUGACAUAGACUCACGCGGAGAGCCUGUCAUUGACAUGACGCAGCCUGAUGAAGUGGUUCCCAACCAUAAAACCGUACCUGAGAAAACCCCACCGAAGAUGAAUGGACACAAGGAAGCUUCACCUAUUAGGCGUAAUGAUGAAUGUGGCGCUACACCCGAAAACCCUUGGGUCGUUGGUACUUCUACUCAAGCACCUUCAUCGGACAUAGACAUUUGUCCAUCUUCUGUCAGCAAAUUCAUGGCUAAGGCGAAUGGAAAAAAGGGUGCAACAAUCGAUAAGGAUGAGGAAGUUAUGUCCGGUAAGCGCAAGAGGACCGUUCCUAAGAAAUUUGAAUCCCCCUACGCACUUGACAAGCCUAGCAGGCGUCCCAACUGUGCUCUGUUUUCUGAAAAUCAUGAGCCGGAGGUUGUGGCAGAUGAGUUGACGCCGGAAAUAAUUGAUGCAGUUGUUUCAUUUGUUGAGUUAGCUGCUAGCGCCGAAAAGAAUAAGGGGAAGAAAGUUUACUACAGUGAAGGGCGUGGCAUAUCUCUGACUUCCGAAAGGAUUCGACCGGUAAUUGAUGCUUAUAUGGGACAUUUGGAGCUGUGCGUUGGUCAUGAUCGUUACCUCUGUCCAGCGUGGAGGUCCAAAUUCCUUGUAGAUCGUGCUAUCGCACGAGACGAUCCAUUGCCGUCGAGUUGCAACAUGGAUAGUGCUCUGUCCAAAGCUGGAGCAGUUAAUAGAGUCACGAAAGAGUAUACUGUGCGUGAUAAGUCGUAUAUCGCAUUGAAUAUCGACAAUGCCCACUGGAUGACCGUGGUCAUGCACUUGAUCAUGCAAGAAUUCCAAGUUCUCGAUUCGCUCUAUCCUCUGGACCUGACAGAAAAGACUAUGAAAGCACUGCGAAUGGAUAUAGCACACGAUAUGCACCUAGCAAAUCUUAUUACACCAGGGAAAUAUCCGGACGUAAGUAAGUGGCAUAUCAAGGAGUAUGACAUGCCCCAACAAGAGGAUGGGAACUCUUGUGGCCUUUUUGUCACAGAAUGUCUAGAACAUUGGGACGGGGACCGAAUAACCCGCGAUUUUUCACACGAUGAUAUCACUUCUGAGUAUGUUGAAUGGGUUGAUGGGGAGUGGGACAGGAAAGCAAAGUCAGUCAUUAAGUAUCUUGCCAUGAAGAACAAGAAACUGGAGACUAAGAUUACAGAAUAUGAAGCUGAAAUUAAAAGGAAUGAGAAAGAAAAGAGGGCAAUGGUUAAGAUGCACAAGGAAAUAUUGCUCUAUAGGGAUAGGAUUUUCGGAUUUGGAGGUCUUGUGUAUCUUGGCCUACUUGCCAUUAUGAUUGCUGUCAUAGUUAGCAAAUAG